AUGGUCAACUCUUGUGGCUCUGUCUGCUCUGAGGAGGGCUGUGGCCAAGGCUGCUGCCAGCCCAGCUGCUUCCAGACCACCUGCUGCAGGACCACCUGCUGCCGCCCCAGCUGCUGCAUUUCUAGCUGCUGCAGGCCUUCCUGCUGUCGCCCCAGCUGCUGUGUGUCCAGCUGCUGCAGGCCAUCUUGCUGUAUUUCUAGCUGCUGCCGCCCCUGCUGUAGCAGUUCUAGCUGUUGUGGAUCCAGCUGCUGCCGCCCCACCUGUUGCAUCUCCAGCUGCUGCAGGCCUUCCUGCUGCCGCCCCAGCUGUUGCAUUUCCAGCUGCUGCAGGCCUUCCUGCUGCCGCCCCAGCUGCUGUGUGUCCAGCUGCUGCAGACCCAGCUGCUGCCGCCCCACCUGUUGCAUUUCUAGCUGCUGCAGGCCUUCCUGCUGCCGCCCCUGCUGUAGCAGUUCCAGCUGUUGUGUGCCCACCUGCUGCCGCCCCAGCUGCUGUGUGUCCAGCUGCUGCAGACCCCAGUGCUGCAUCUCCAGCUGCUGCCGCCCCACCUGUUGCCAGACCACCUGCUGCCGCCCAGCAUGCUCUAGUGGUUCCUGCUGCUGA